AUGAAAAAUAGAGGCCAAGAAAUAUUCUUAGUUAAAAAAACUAGAAAGGUUCUAUCAUCUAUUCAAUUUGCAACUGUAGAAGAAGUUAUACAGUAUUAUCUUUGCUUACGUGAGUCCAAACCAUCAACUUCUCUCAAAAACUUAGUUUGUUGUCCAAACAAAGGUUCAACAUUUACACCAAAAUGUCCAGAUUCGGGAGAGAACUGCUGCGUUAUAUCUAAGCUGAAAGUUUCAUGGGAACUUGGUGGAUACAGAACUCGUGACAUACAAUGCGUUUUACGCUCAGAAGGUGAUCUUAGUGAUUUUUCUUUAAGCUCAGAAUGCCUCGAGUCUGUUACAAGUGAGUCAAAUGACGAUUCUCAUGAAGAAGAGCAAAGUUUAUUACUGCCUAAAGAUGUUUUAAAGCGAACAGCACUAACUGCUGUAGGAGAAGGUCUUUCUAUCAAUCUGCACACUUCUAUCAUAAGCAGUGUUAUAGCAAUUUCAGGAGGAGAAAUAAAUAAAUUUGUUGUGUCCAAAUCAUCAUCUCUUCGAGCUGUAGAUAAAGUAAUAAAUUCGGAAGCUCAAAAAAUUAGACAGUAUAUAAAAGACUUGACUGACUCCAAAUAUAAGCUGAUUUCUGUUCACUUUGACGGGAAAAUAUUCAAAGAAUAUACAGAUAAAGUUUCAGUUACAAGAGAAAGAUUAGCAGUACUAGUGAAAGUGAAUGGGAAAACUGAGCUCCUAGGUAUUCCUCAUAUUGAGUCAAGUUCUGGGGAAAAUCAGUUUAAAGCAGUUUAUAAUCUAUUAGAUUCUUUUGGUCUUAGUCAUCAUAUACAGCGUAUAUGCUUUGAUACUACAGCUUCCAACACUGGAAAGGACCAAGGAGUUAUAACAAGAAUGGCCGAUAAGUUGGGAAGGCCACUACUUUUCCUUGCUUGUAGACAUCAUAUAUUGGAAAGACAUAUUACCCACUUUACAAGAUAUAUCCCAGUAGUAAAACGUCUGGUCUAGAAAACCAGCUUUUUAAACACCUGAAAUCUGUCUGGAAUGAUCUUGAAAAAGACAUUGUUACAUUGAAGAGGAUUGAAACUCCAAAUAGAACUUGGAUAAAUAAACAACAUCUUGAAGCUGAAAAAUUCUACAGAGAUGCAAUAGAUAAUAGGAUCUACAAAAAGGAUGGUAAAUCAAGAAAGGAUUAUCAAGAAUUAGCGGAACUUUGAUGGUAGUUUCUCAAAAAGAUAGGUUCAAAUUUCGUAUUCCUGGUCCAAUACAUCAUGCAAGAUUCAUGUCAAAAGCGUUGUAUUAUCUUCAAAUGUAUUUACUAUUGGAAGCUAUUCCAAGUUUAUCAGAAGAAAAUAAAGAAGAGAUUCGUGAAAUGGCUAUGUUUGUUGGUAUCUUUUACACUCAAUGGUUUCUUAGAGCAGUAUCGGCAACUGCU